UGACAGUUCGUUGGUUUUAAGUAAUAUUAGUGUUACGUUUAAAUAAAUGUUAUUUAUUAAAAUCACAUAAAUUUUCGGAUGAAGAAAAAAUUUAAAAUACCGAGUACCUAAAUAUUUUUCCAAUGUUUUUAGUACACAAAGGAUUUAAACAGGAAGAGGGUAUGAUAUCCCAAAAGAGAGAAACAUUAAAAAAUAUUGACACACCAUAUUUUCCAACAUUGCUUGCCUCAAAAUCAAGCCAUAGGUGGUCUAUGGAUUCGUCGCACUACGAACACAUGUUUUCCAAAUCAUAUUCGGACACUAAAAGAAGUGCGCAUAAAUCUUAUACAUUAAGUUCUACAUCUUCAAUAGAGAGACUAUCAGUAUUUUUUAAAAGGGGUUCAGAGAAGGUUCCUUUUACUCCUGAUCAAUAUGGGAGAUAUGUAAAUAAAAUGUCCAGUAAAUCCAGUAAAUCCAUGGUUGACAUCAUUGGAUUGAACACUCAGUGGGCUCUGAAGUCGGAACGGAGAAAACCUGUGAAACAGUUUUGCACGGGAAGCAGGUAUUUAGGGGAAUGGAAUUAUUUUGGAAUGUCUGGCGAAGGUGUUUAUAGAUAUCCUCAUGGCGUUAUAUAUGAAGGACCGUUUAAUGCUGAAGGCGAGUUUCACGGCUUUGGUACUUUAACUUAUCCGAAUGGACAACAAUUUCAUGGAGCAUGGGAAAAUGGUCACCUUACUACCAAACUUAAAUCAGCCUCUGGUGAAAAUGUACCUACCUUGUUUCAUGUUCCAGACAGAAGAUUUUCCUAUGAACAGAAGUAUGGUUUGGGCGUUCCUGGUAAAGAGUACCUUACCAAUAGACAACCUACUCCUAAACUGUCAAAUGGAUGUUAUGAUGUAGGGGAAGGUACCUAUUGUCCAUCGAACGGAUACAUUUUAUCAUAUACUACAGAGUAUUAUGAUCGAAAAUUUAGUGUAGAUAGGUCUUCUGUAGUUGACUACAGGUUCCGUUUAUUGAACAUGGAAGAUGAAGAUUGGCAAUAUUAUCAAAAUAAUGAAGUAUUAGCAGAUCUAAAAGCCCAUAUUGACCAAAACUUUACGAUUGACAACGAAAGGAUCUUAGAAAUACCUGUACAAAAGAAAAUAGACUGGAUUAAAAAGUAUUGUCGAAGUAACCCAGAAUAUCCUGUUGGAUAUCUACCCGAACUCUACGAAGUAUUUACAACGGGUGAAAAAUAUGAUAAAAUGCGAGUUCAACAAGAGUAUGAGAAAGCGCCAAAAUAUUGUGAUGAGGAGUGUCCAACAACUGAUCCAGGUCAAAGCAAAUUGUUUCCAGCAUCAUUUACUACAAAAGUCAAUAGAGUAUUCAGAAAGAAAACCUUGGAUAGUCUAAACGCUUUUCGUAUGAGGAAAAAGCCGAUUACUAAAAAGAGUACUGGUGGAACAUCAUAUAAAUUAUCCAAUAAUUUGUCGCUAAAAGCUUCGGAAAAAGAUUUGUUGUCGAUCCAUACACAUGGCUCUCAUGCCAGAAAAAGAAGUACGUAUUCGGUAUCGAAGACUGCAGACGAACAAAUGCAAGAAAUAAAAAAGACUAUACCUAAAGAUGAGAUUGAAGAAAUAGGAGAUAGUGUUUCUGCGUUGGAAGAUAUUAAAGCCACUGCAGCAAGAACAGCAGAUAUAUUACGCCAAGACGCAGAGUCAGAUAUUAUUAACUUAUCUUUGACUUCUACAACUUCUACACUAUUGCAGCAGCAACUACUUUCCGGUACUAGUACUUUAGAAUCACUUCUUUACAAAAAAGAAAGAAAAGAUCAAAAACCUGAAGUUGCAGAUAGAUCCACAGAAAUUUCGUUAGCUAGUGCCGAGGUUACAGUUCCUUUGAAAACUGAUGGUCUCCUAUUCGAGCCACCAAAACUAAAAAGUGUUCUGAAAAAGACGAAACGAUUAGCAGAUGCAAUUGCUAGAGGAAAAAAAGGAAAAAUUAUUGAACGUUCUAGUGCCGAGCAAAUCGUGGAAAAAGAGUUCGUUAGGCCCAGGCUGAUCGUAUCAGAAACUAGUAUAUGCUAUGUCGAAAGAAAACCUGAGGAAGUAAUGGAUAAGACCAAAAAGCGAAAGAGAAAGAAAUAUCUAACUGACAGUAAAUAUCAAGACUUAACUAAUAAAUAAUGAUAUUAGAUACAUCUCAAUAUUUCGAAAUAAAUUAUUUAUAGAUGAAA